UCUGGGACGCCACCGAAGCCACAAAUCGCCAAACUGGCUACAGCCGCAGCGAUCGCCAGCUCCCUCAUCCGGCAGAAGAGGCAAGCGAGGGAGAGAGAGAGAGAGCGGGAGAGAGAGAAGGAGAAGGAGAAGGAGAGAGCAAAGGCAGCUCGCUGCAGUCCGACCCGGAGCACAGGAACCUGUGAGAAACCCAGCCGACUGAACCUCUUCUCACGGGUCAAACUCUUCGGCUCCAAGAAGAGGAAAAGGAGAAGGCCAGAGCCUCAGCUUAAAGGAAUCGUCACUAAACUGUGCAGUCGUCAGGGUUUUCACCUGCAGCUCCAAGCGGACGGAACCAUCGAUGGCACCAAAGAGGAGGACAGCAGUUACGCGGUGUUUAAUCUCAUCCCAGUGGGUCUGCGUGUGGUGGCCAUACAGAGCGUUCAGACCAAACUCUACCUGGCCAUGAACAACGAGGGUUACCUUUACACCUCCGAACACUUCACUCCCGAGUGUAAGUUUAAGGAGUCUGUGUUUGAGAAUUAUUACGUCACCUACUCGUCCAUGUUGUACCGGCAGCAGCAGUCGGGUCGAGCCUGGUACCUCGGCCUCAAUAAGGAGGGACGAGUGAUGAAGGGAAACCGUGUUAAAAAGACCAAACCGGCCGCUCACUUCAUCCCUAAACCUCUCAAAGUUGCCAUGUACAGAGAACCCUCGCUUCAUGACAUGACUGAAUUCUCUCGAAGCGGGACUCCGACGAAGAGCCGCAGCGCAUCAGCUAUGGUGAACGGAGGGAAGAUCGCAAGCCAGUCAACAUAACAAGGAGACGCAGUAAGAGGUCGUAGCAAGGCGGCGUGAGGCUCUGCACAAAAAACAUACACGUUUACAAGUUUUCAGCUAAAAAUCACUGUGAUGACAUCACAAGCGCAAAACUGGACGAAUCCAAGCCAUUGGACUUCAUCAGCGUUCUGCAUCAUCUUCAAACACGUAGCCUGAAUAAACCGCUGCUUUUCUCAUCCUUUUUCUUCUAAACUGUGUUUCUGGACAAAAUCUACUUUACCUGCUUCUAAACCUGCUAAAGUAGCUGCUGGUCUCAUACACGGCGCACUGAGACGGCGAGCAUGUCGGAGCGUCCAGCCUCCUGUAGCACAUCAUCACUGUUAAACACACUGAUGGAGUUCUGGCUCUUUCUCUGACAGUCUCGCUCACAUGGAAUUACUGUUUUGUGCAACCAAAGAAGUCCUUUGUCUUCAAUCGUGGAGAGCGAACGAGAAUCAAACAGGAGAGAGAGAGUGUUCUGUCACUGUACCCUGUUUGUAGGGGGACUCAUCAUAUUGUACCAUACCAUGAAUACAGUGUAGCUGAAGCUGUGGAGAUUCACUCCCUCACUCACUCCGGGUGUAAUUACUGCCCUCUGUGUGAAGGUAUAGCACAGUAAAGAAAUGUUUACACUUUUAACACAUCUCCGUCCACAAUUUUGGGAAGGAAACUGCCUCAUAUUGGAAACAGCAAUGCCUUCUGGGUAAUUUCUGCUCUUAAAGUCCACACUGAUGAUCACUCGAUCCCUCCAUCCUGCAUUCGUCUGGUCAGAAUGAAGUGAAGCCCUUCAGAGGCGUGUAAAGUGUGUGGAAGAGAGCGAGGGAAGUGUUUCGGUUCAUCUCAACUUUGAAUUGAUGUCUUCCUUUACAUCCUGCUUUCAGUUGUUUCCAUGGUGAUUGAAUGUCAGAUGCAUCAGGAUCAGUUUUUAAGUGAAAGUGAGUUAUAAAAAAUGCAUCGCUUCUACAGGGCUAAAUUAAUUCUUCAUCAUUUCUGUACGUUGCUAUUAAGUUGAGUUCAGAAAAUAUUUGCGUUGCAUGGGACACACUGUGGGGAAAAGCUGCAUGUUUUAUAGCUGUGUGUGUGUGUGUGUGUGUGUGUGUGUGUGUGUGUGUGUGUGUGUGUGUGUGUGUGUGUGUG